AUGGAAUUUGACGAUGAAAUGGGCUGCGGGGUUUCCAUACCCCCUGCUUCAUCUCGUUCAAACAGCAGACCUCCUCAUAGAUUGCGUCGCCAGCCGCCACAGGAGAGUGUUAAGCAGUUCUGGGAGCAAUUCAAUACCAAGUACCCGGGAAAGGUGUACACAAUACUACCAGAUAACCCAUAUGCACGCACACGAGCCAGGCGAGUGCCAAAUGGAGUGAUCCAAGGUGAAGAGGCUGUUCAGUCAUACGAGCAGGCACGACGAGAGUGUCAGAAAUCCGUGGAUCGUAUUUCUAAAGAAUGCAAGCGGGUGAAUCAGAAAUACACCGAUCCCCAUUUUGAUAUUGAGCUUGAUCUCAAGUUUCGUCGCAGAUACUAUCUAGAUGAACUGGACAAGCUAAAUGAGGAGAUGAGGCCGCGCGGAGUGAAACGUGUGACGGAAAUAUUUGAGAACCCCCAGUUCUUCGUUAAUGGACCGACAGCGUCAGAUGUGCGCCAGGGUUAUGAUGGGGAUUGUUGGCUCAUGGCGGCACUGGGGACGAUGGGCAACAAGGAGGAGUUGAUUGAGAAGAUCUGCGUUGCUCGAGAUGAAGUGAUUGGAAUCUAUGGAUUUGUAUUUCAUCGCGAUGGCGAAUGGCAGCAGUGCAUUGUAGAUGAUAAGCUAUAUCUUCGUGCGGCGGACUAUGACGAAUCUAUGGACGAAAGAGAUAUUUGGGAUGGAAUCAACCGUAUCGACUCUGAAGAAGAGUAUCGCCGAGCUUUCCAGACCGGCUCGCGGGCGCUAUACUUUGCGCAGUGCGUGGAUCCGAAUGAGAUUUGGCUGCCUCUCCUGGAGAAGGCAUUUGCCAAAGCUCACGGUGACUAUUCCGCGAUUGAGGAGAUCCUCUCGAGCAAUAUUCUCGACAAGGAUCGCUUUUGGACAGAGGAGCUUAUGCAGGUCAACAAGCAGUUCCUCUUUGGUUGUGGGACUGGAAUGUUUUCCAACUGGUUGGAUCCGGAGUAUAAAGGUCUUCCAAGAGCUAGAAAUGAUGGCCUGUCAGAGAAUCACUCUUAUUCAAUUAUGGAGGCUCGAGAGAUCAAAGGCCACCGUCUACUCCGACUAAGAAAUCCCUGGGGCAAGAAAGAGUGGCAUGGUGCUUGGGGUGACGGAACUGAGCAAUGGACAGCAGAGUGGAUAGAACUGCUUGGACACAAGUUUGGAAACGAUGGAUUCUUUUGGAUCUCGUACAAGGAUCUCCUCAAGAAAUACCAGCACUUUGAUCGAACUCGUCUCUUUGGUGAUGAGUGGACAGUCACGCAGCAAUGGACUACCUUGAACGUCCCCUGGUCCGCUGAUUAUCACAGUACAAAAUUCAUCAUGAAUGUGACCCAGAGCGGACCAACGGUCAUCGUCCUAUCCCAGCUCGACACACGUUAUUUCAGAGGUCUUACUGGCGAGUAUAGCUUUAUGCUAAAGUUCCGAGUUCAGAAAGAUGGCGAAGAGGACUACAUGGUUCGCAGCCAAAGGAGCCACUUCAUGCAUCGGUCCAUAAAUGCCGAAAUUGACCUUGACCCGGGCCGGUAUCAUGUUCUAAUGAAAAUCACUGCCUACCGCCAUGAAGUUGCCGAGCCGACAGAAGAGACCGUACGUCGUCUCGCGCCAUCUAAACGGGAGAAACUCGUUCAAGUCGGACUAUCCUAUGAUCUGGCCCAUGCCAAAGGCCUGGUGUCAGAGACUGAACAGGAGCGAAAGGAAGGAGACAGACGAAAGGCUGCAGAGCGUAAGCAGCUACGAGACGAAACAGAAAAAAGGCUCAAAAAGGAAUGGAUUCGCCAGCGGAAGAUGGUUGCCCGACAGCAACGGAUGGCUGUGCGACAAGCUGCCCAGAUGAAUGGGCCGAUGUCGGAACAAAUCCUGAAUGAGAAACCGACUCAGUCUCCUACAGAAUUCGCUAGUAUCUCGAGCGAUGCUAGCUACCCAGUCGCUACGCCGAGUGGUUCAGUGCCGACUAUUCAGUUCAAUGGCUUGCACCUACGUCAUUCAAGCGUGGAUAGAAAGCAAACUCAGUCGUCGCAUCCAAGCCUCAAUACCCGCCUUGAUAUGGACGGCUUGGAAUGCUGCGAUGUGGAAUUUCUUGAAGGCUUCGAAUUUGAUAGCGACAUUGAUAUGCCACCCGAGGAGUCUAUCGCGAAGAACGCUGUACCUUCUCAAGAUUUCGAUGGACCUGCUCAAGAUCCUUGGAAUGCAGUGUGUGUGGUAGGACUGAGGGUAUACUCUAAAGAUCCUAAGCUGAGCCUGGAGGUUGUGCACCCUACGCCAGAAUACGACGUUGAGGCUCCUUUAGAUCGAGAUGAUCCCGCCGCGUCGGCAACCAUUGAGAAGGAAUUCUGGAGUACCAACACAUCCAUCUUUUCACCUGGUAGAGUCUAG